AUGGACCAAGUCACAGUCCAAGAGCUCAGCAAUGUCCUCGUCGCUUUCCUCCAGCGCUUUGACUACGACGACACCGCCCGUCUUCCACCAGAAGACCUAGAGUCGCUGCAAGACUUUGUCUUCCCGUACAUCCCCCACAAUAGCAGAAUCGUCCGCGAGCUAGCUGGAUACGUGCACUGCACAUUCCCUUUCCUCCCUCUCGAAAUUCGACAGGCGGUUACCCUUUACGACUCAUUCCAAAUGUCCGUUGACGACAUGCCGAUCGAGCAGCACGACAGUCUCGAGAACCUCUGCAUCCAGCUCUCGACCCGAGAGCAGGUUAAGCACCCUGUCUGGAAUGGCUUCUUUGAAACGCUUCCCCUUGUCCUACAGCAUUACGGCCCGUACGCGCAGACAACGCUCUUCCGCGGCGCGCUGGAAUUCAUCCAGGCCACUUGCCUUGAGAGGACGCUGUUCCGCGGAUACUCCGGCUCCACGUACCCCAGCUAUAUACGGCGCAUGAGUGGUCAAGGCCCCGUGCAAGCGGCUCUAUGCUUCCCAGAGGCAGAAUUCCCGCAGAGUGAAUUUUUGUCUUUCACUGCGUCGUUGGAGGCAGAGCUUGAGGAUUUCGUUGGGACGGUUAAUGACCUCUUUUCGUUCUACAAGGAGAGUGAGAAUGCGUUCGAGCGUAUCAACUUUCCGCUAAAUGAGGCUUCGUGUAGUGGUCGAUCGGUGCUAGAGAUACUGAUCGAUCUGGUUAACACCGCGAUAGGAUCGUGGGCGAGGGUUCAGAGUAUCCUAGGGGUCUUAGGCGAGAAGAGGUUAUCUGAUCGCGUUGGUGAAUUCUUCAAGGGAUAUGUUCGGUACCAUCUUUCGUGCAGUCGGUAUAAGAUUGGGAGAAUUUGCGCGGAGUCAGGAAAUCAGGAGCUGUUGCGGUAUUACCAGAUGAGCCUCAAUGUGCUUGGGGGAGCUGUGAGUGCUACUGCAAUGGAGAAGCCCACAGUAACAUCCGGCGAGUCUGGUGCUCUCAGGUUGCCAAACUAA